AUGCCACGACAGAGUGUCGCCAAUGGAAACAUCGCCAUAGCCGCCUUGAAGGUGGGGCGUCGCAGUCUGCAGUUACCCAACAUUUCAACGUUUAUCAGAUCACCAUAUCUCGAAUUUGGGGUCGUUUUCUGCAGACCAGUUCCGCCCAAGAUCGCACUGAGAGGUGAGACAAACAUGUCGGAUCUUGUCUCAGUGGCUGAAUUCAAGGACCUUCUGACAGAGUGUCCAAUAUGCACAGAACACUUUGACGAGGAAAGACGAAUACCUCGUCGUAUGCCAUGCUGUGUCCAGUCCAUAUGUCAGCCCUGUCUGGGCACCUACAGUGGAGGCAAGACAACCAUACGCUGCCCCAUGUGUCGACACCAACAUAACCUGCCUGGUGGAGUGAAAUCUCUGCCCAAAGAGACAGUCAUCCUGAAGACUCUGGACUACCUCAAAAUCCAGAAAGGUCUUCAUCUUCCAUGUACAGACUGUCCUGACAAGGAAACAGCUCAAGCCCAGUGUGACAACUGUGGGGUAUUUCUCUGUUCUAUCUGUCUGAAUGCCCACAGGAGGAAUGUAACAACAAAGACACACACAAUAGUUACCUUUGAUGAGAUGAAGGGCGACCUGUGCAGAGUUUCCGCCGUCGACAUCAAAGGGAAGGGACAUAAAGUUGUGUCUGUGGAUGAGGCACACCAAGAACUCUCGAAAUCCACAGAAUAUGUUUGUGAAGAUGAAUGUGAAUUCAGAGACGUUGAACAAAGCAGAAGCAGAAUUAAUGAAGAAGUUAGAAAACAUCCAAAUGUCCAAGAGGGUUGCCAUAGACGAUAUUAA